AUGGUGGCCGUGCACAGCAGCCAAGAGGACUCAGUGGCGCUGCUGCAGAAGCUCUACCAGCUGGUAACGGACAUUCAAGAACGACUCUUCUUCCGUUUGGAAGUUGCAGUUGAUGAAAUCAAAAAUUACAGACCAAGCCCUGAGCAGCUGAACAGGGACGCGCUGCUGCAGCAGACCUACCCGCCAGUGCUGCGGGCCCUUCACUUGGUGCUGCUGCUGCAGCAGCGCAGCACGAGAAACAGGAGUGGCGAGAGCGCAGCAGCAUCAGCAGCAGCAGCAGCAGCAGCAACAGAUCCGUUCGAUGCUGCAUGCAGCGAUGUGCUUGCUGCUUGUCUUGCCUCUCUAGAAACUGCAGCAGCAGCUAUUGCUGCUGCUAAGCUUCCUCUCUUUUCCGUGAAGAGCAGCAGCGACGCGGCAGCAGCAGCAGCACCAGCAGCAGCAGCUGCUGCUGCUGCUCCAAACAACAAUGUUGAGGUGACCCUGAUGGUUUGUUUGUUUCUUAUUAAGAACCUGACCUUCCUUUACGACGUCUUGAGCUCCUACGAGUCCAGAUUCGUAAGAAAGGAGAGACAGCUGUCUCUGCCAGGCGUGGCAGGCUCGUUCUUCCGGCUGCUGAGGCUUGGGGGAAGAGCAGCAGCAGGGGCAGCGGAGCCUUCAACUGCUGCAGCAGCAGCAACAACAGCAGCAGCAGCAGCAUCAGGGGACUUCUUCUUCUUUUUCUUGCCCAGAGUCUCUGAGACAACAUUUAAUGCUGCAGCAGCAGUGCGCGAGCGCCUUGCUGCUGCCUGCUCCCAGUUUGUUGCUGCUGUUGUUGCAGCAAUUUGUCUGCCAGCGGAGGCGCUGCUUGCUGCUGCUUACUUGUCUGGGGCCUCAGGCCCUCAAAAGCUAGCGACAGAACGGCUCCAAUCCUACCUUUUAGAAUUUAGAUCGGGCUGGCAGCAGCUGCUGCCGCCGCUGGUCUCUUUGCUGCUGCCAGCACUAACCCCCGAGUACUUCAGCCAAGAGGGGCCCCUGCAGCUGCUCACGGGCAGCAGCAGCAGCAGCAGCAGCAGCAGCAGCAGCAGCAGCAGCAGCGAAGUAAGUCUGGAGACGGAGGCGCUGCUCAAUGUCGACUUCCUUCUCAAACCCGUACUCGAGGGGAUAGAGUCCAAGAUCACGGAGGUGGACAGUUUGCUGCGCAACGAGUUCGGGCUGGACGAGGCCGCUGCUGCUGCUGUGGGGUGGGCAGCAGCAGCAGAACUGGGUAAGGAAAUUAGAAGCAGCGUGUCUGCUGCUGCAGCUGCUGCGUUUGCUGCAGCAAAGGCAGCAGCUGCAGCAGCAGCGGAACCGAGUGUACGUACACCUGAACGCCGUGAAGAAACUGUGGGGUGUCUGGAAGACAAGACAGCUGAGCUUGCAGCUUAG